UCCCCGUAGGCGGGAGCGCGCGGCUCGUCGCCGCCGGGCUGCCAGGCACGGCUCGGCGCGGCUCGGCUCGGUACGGCUCGGCUCAGCCCGGCACGGCUCGGCGCAGCCCGGCACCGCCCGCCGAGCCCCCCGCCCGCCUCCCGCCCACCCCCGCGCCGCCAUGGACGGGGGCGCCUUCGGAGCGGGGAAAGCCGGCGGCGCCUUCGACCCGCACGCCUUCAUCCGGCAGCCGUACACCCUCCUGCGGCUCCUCUCCUGGGUGUUCUCCAUCGUGGUGUUCGGCUCCAUCGUCAAUGAAGGGUACGUGAACCGCCCUGACGAGACACAAGAGCACUGCAUUUUCAACCGCAAUCGCAAUGCCUGCAACUAUGGCAUUACCGUGGGUGUCCUCACCUUCCUCAGCUGCCUUCUUUACCUGGCUCUGGAUGCCUACUUCCCGCAGAUCAGCAGUGUCAAGGACCGCAAGAAGGCAGUGCUCUCGGACAUCGGAGUCUCGGCCUUUUUGGCAUUCCUCUGGUUCGUUGGCUUCUGCUUUCUGACCAACCAGUGGCAAGCUUCAAAAGAAGAGGACAACCCAAUGAAUGAGGGAGGGGAUGCAGCCCGAGCAGCCAUCACCUUCUCGUUCUUCUCCAUCUUCACUUGGGGCUUCGUCACGUUUCUGGCUUUCCGGAGACUCAGAGACAUUACUUUUCAGGAAGAAUACAACACCCUGUUCCCUAACUCGCCAUCCUUACUGCCUUAGUGCCCCUCGCUGACGGGGGAAUUUGGGGGAAGGGGUAGAGGGCUGCAGCUGGAGGAGGUUACUGAGCACAGACGGUUCCAAUGCCCUGACCGUGGGUGUAUGGUCACUGCAGGGCAUGGGGUGGGAAGAUGUGGGCCAUUGAACCUGAGUGGGGUUGUCCACUGAAUGGGGGGGCGGGGAACGGUUGUCCCCUCUGGGGAGUUGGAACUGGCAAUUUCUCCUCCUCCUCUGCCCCCUUCUCUCCCUCACCCAUACACUAACUAAUGCUGCAUAAAACUGCUGUGCCUUGUUUUUGGUGACUGCUCAGACCUAAUACUUCAGCCAGGAUAUGCCCUCUGCCCCCGCCACUGUAUCUCCUCCAUUUUGCCCAGCCCUCAUUCCCCAGAACCCUCUAACCCAUCAACUACUAGAUCGCUUACCUCUAUCAGGGAUGCUCUGGAAUGACAAGCCGUGCCUGCUGGGGUCCGCGAUGCCGAACCCCGUGCCUGGGCUCCCUCCGUCCACCAAAGGGCGUCCUGCCUGCAGUGCCUGGGGCAGGAGGCAGCAGUAUGCUUGCUAACUGUCCCCUGGUCUGGGAAGCAGCCGCCAUGCCUCCUGCUGCUCCUUCCUGAGGUCUGUGCUGCACUGUACAGACGUCGGCCGGUGAAGGGGUUAUGGGGGGUGACUACUACCUCGCUACUCUGGGUCAAAUCCUGCUCCCCUUCCUGGCCUCUGCAGGCAGAAUGGCUGCAUACAUCCAGCCCGGCAGACAAACCUUCUGUGGUGUAGCUGAGGCAGAUUGCCUUUCCCAGGGGCAGGAGGGUCUGAAUGGGAUAAUCGCAGGCUUAUCGCUGAGCCUCUGCGACCUGCGCCAUGCUGGUGAAACCCCACCACUGGGCAGGAGGUACCCAGCACAUCCUGGAGGCAGCAGGGAGCCCCGGCAGCCUGCACGCAGCCAGCUGGGCUCGUAGCCAUCCCUGCCCAGCCCUAUUCUCUCCGGGUGGGCUUGCGCUUUCUGUGGGGCAGUCUGAACCAACUUGUUCUCGAGGGUUUUUCACCAGCGAUCUUCCAGGUGGGCUUCGCACACUAAUCCAUAACCACUACUAACCCCACUUUUGUUUGUUUCUCUUUCUCGGUACGUUCCCCCUCUCUUUCUCCCCUCCUCUCUCUGCUUCCCGUCUCUUCCCUCCACCUCCUCCCUUAAAGGUGGGCCAGGCAUUCCUGGCGUAUCAGCGUUUCCGGCUGGGUGCCGAUUCGGCCCUCUUCUCCCAGGACUACAUGGACCCAAGCCAGGACUCCGGCAUGCCUUAUGCUCCCUACACGAACGAGGAAGAUGCUACAGAUGCGGUGGGGACGUACCAGCAGCCCCCUCCAGCAGAUGCUUUCGACACCGAGACACAGGGGUACCAAACGCAGAACUACUGAGCCACCGAUGCCCCUUUCCCUUCCCCCUUCCCUUCUGCCCCCAUUCCCGCUGCCGGCAGAAAGCCGAGGCACAAACCAGACACGUGCGUAGUGGCACAAGAGGUGGCUCUCAGCUAUGCUCCA